GGGGCGCGCGGAGCGCGGGCGCGAGCGGGCGGGCCGGCUGAGAGCUGCUCAGCGCCGGUUUAGGCCGGUCCUCUCCUGCUCCAGUCUAGUUCUUGAUUGACAGCCAGGCACUUGUUUACCACGGCGCGGCGGCCGCCGCUCGCCUCAAUGAGACUGCUGAGCUGGCACAAAAGGGAACCGGGAGGAAGAAAGGGAGAGGGAGGCGAAGUUUGAGCGCCUUGGAGGGAGCGAAUUGACGGGCCACGGUCCCCUGGCCGGUCCUCAGGGCUGACACUUAGAGGGGCUCCCCAGGAGGCGCGGGCAGGAGUGUGCAGAAAUGGGCGGGUCACGAUGAUUUGGGGAGGAAAAUCAUAUUUUGUAUGUAUUUUCAGUACUUAGGUGAAGUGUAAUGAUGCAGCGCCAGCCCCCACCUCCAUCCCAUUCUAAUUAAAAAGGAUUGCCCAUCAAGUAACGCUAGUAAGACUUUGGUAUAUUACGGAGAAAGCCAAAAGGACCUUUUCACAUUUUUGAUUUAUUUUCACGACACACACACACACACACACAAAUGAAUCCGAGCAGAAGAAAUGGGUUAAGUGAAAGCUUAUACCCCCACCCCGCCCCCGCCCAAGCCCCUACAAAUGGAAACUACCCAAUUAGACUUAAGGAUGUUGAAAAAAAUGGUUUCUUUGUAAGCAUCUUUUAAAUUCUGUGCCUUGUAAUUAAACUUAUAAAAACAGAUUUCAGUCUGCUGCUAAAACCAGUUGAGUGUUGAAUAUUGUCUAAGUAAACAAUUGUAUUUAGCUUUUAAACAGUUGCUUACCCCUUUCCUUUUGACAGGGUCCCCUCUGGGUGGCCCUGAGUCCCAGGGGUCCUCCCAACUCUGCUUCCAGGGUGGAACUGGAACAGUCUUCUCUAGAAAGCCAGUAGCCAUCAAAAACUGGCAAUUUGAAAAGUAUUCUACGAUUUUUGUUUUACUCGCACUUAAGUAAACAACUGGUGGCCAAGAUAACAGUGUAGUCCCACAACCUGGUUUUGAUACAUUUUUUUUAACUGUUUUUCUUUUCCACUAAAAUAAAACAUGCUAUAAAGUAUAACUAUUCAUCGUCCCGAUUUGAGGAAUGAAGAAAAAUGGAAAAUGAUGAUAAUUCUGAAGAAGGCUUCCACACUAUUCAUUCAGGAAGGCAUGAAUAUGCAUUUAGCUUCGAGCUUCCACAGACACCACUUGCUACCUCAUUCGAAGGCCGACAUGGCAGUGUGCGCUAUUGGGUGAAAGCCGAAUUGCAUAGGCCUUGGCUUCUACCAGUAAAAUUAAAGAAGGAAUUUACAGUCUUUGAGCACAUAGAUAUCAACACUCCUUCAUUACUGUCACCCCAAGCAGGCACAAAAGAAAAGACACUCUGUUGCUGGUUCUGCACCUCAGGCCCCAUAUCCUUAAGUGCCAAGAUUGAAAGGAAGGGCUACACCCCAGGUGAAUCAAUCCAGAUAUUUGCCGAGAUUGAGAACUGCUCUUCCCGAAUGGUAGUGCCAAAGGCGGCCAUUUACCAGACGCAGGCCUUCUAUGCCAAAGGGAAAAUGAAGGAAGUAAAACAGCUUGUGGCAAACUUACGUGGCGAGUCUUUAUCCUCUGGGAAGACAGAGACGUGGAAUGGCAAGCUGCUCAAAAUCCCACCGGUUUCACCCUCCAUCCUCGACUGUAGUAUAAUCCGAGUGGAAUAUUCGCUAAUGGUGUACGUGGAUAUUCCUGGGGCCAUGGAUUUGCUUCUCAGUUUGCCCCUCGUCAUCGGGACCAUCCCUCUGCACCCGUUUGGUAGCAGAACCUCAAGUGUGAGCAGUCAGUGUAGCAUGAGUAUGAACUGGCUGGCUCUGGCCCUUCCUGAAAGACCUGAAGCACCACCCAGCUAUGCAGAGGUUGUAACGGAGGAACAGAGACGGAAUAAUCUCGCCCCAGUGGGUGCUUGUGAUGAUUUUGAGAGAGCUCUCCAAGGACCACUGUUUGCUUAUAUCCAGGAGUUUCGGUUCCUGCCCCCACCUCUCUAUUCAGAGAUUGAUCCAAAUCCUGAUCAGUCAUCCGAGGACAGACCAUCAUGCCCCUCUCGCUGAAGCAACACUUGACUGAGUCAAGUUGACAUGGGUUCUGAACUGUAUCUCUUCCAGCUGAGGACAGAGAAGUAUCUUGGAGACACGUUUGCAGAGGAAGUGGAAUUGCCUUUGCCCAGACAGAUGGCAAACACAUGAAACAACCAGUGAUCAUGCUUUAGAAUCCUACAGCAUCAUUUGGGGCUGUUCCAACAUGCUUGAAGAUCUGAGCUUUCCUUCUUUAAAACUGGCACAUGUUAAGGGCAGUCUUCUUAGCCUGUGGUCAUCCGUGUCAAGACACCAUUGCAAAGAAGGAUGUUGUCCUUCCUAUUUGAAAAUUUGCACAUGCUCAAUGCUUACAUUGUGCAGUUCAGUGUCACUACAGCAUUUUUUUUCCAUUUAUGCCAGACUCUUGAUACUCUUACAACUUGUUUAUGGUCAGCACAACAUGGAACAAAAGAAAGCUUUGAAAAACUUUGACAUUAAAAAAACAAAACAAAAUGCACUGACAGGUUUUUUUUCUUAGUUUUUUGUUUUGUUUUGUUUUUUGGGUUUUUUGUUUGUUUGUUAAGUUAAUGUAGCCUGGACUCUACCUGCAUAUGCACAUGCUCAGAAUUGUCCUACUAGGCUGACCAUGUAUCACCUCUUCAGCUUGGAUCCUACUGUGGAUUUAUUUACAAACAUCAAAUGCCUUCAAGCCAAUCCUUUUGCUGUAUGUUUUGCAGCCUACUGUAGUAGAUAAGCAACAGAUACAAGGAGAAAAGAGACAAGAGGAGGAGGCUGACAAGAGACUUUGUAUGGCUGUUGUUUGGUUUUCUGUGAGAGUGUUGCCUUUCUACUAUUGAUAGCAGAGCAGCCUUGUGUUACUGACUGCCUAACAUCACUCAAUCUCAGGUGAAUGCAUCACUUGCCAAACUGUUGGAAUGCCGUCUAUGUUUGUUGCACUGUUAUGUUGUUGUUGUUGUUGUUAAUUGUUGUUAUUUGGUUGGAUUUUUUGGAGAGGGAUAUUCGGAAAUGGGACAUACACAAAACUGAUAACCCACCCACAUUCCCCUUUUUAUCAUUACAUAUAAGAAGAAACAAAGCUCAGAGUGGAGAAAGACAGUAGGGCGGGCACCAGCAGAGGCAAGGGCUGUUGCUCUGGAAAAAUAUUUUUAUUAUUUUAAAAACGAGUGGAAGCUGCCCGGUCACUAGGGAAGGGAGGGAAAAGUGCAUUUAUUUUUAUACAGAGUUACUUAAUUACCUCCAAAACACAUAUGUUGGAAAUCAGUUUUGCUGAUGCAAGGUACUUCAAUAAGCCAGAAUAUAUCAAGGUCAUGAUGGGGGAAGCUUCAUUUAUACAUUUGCUCAAGUUUGAGAGAAUAAAAUCCCAAAUUUGUUUCCAAAGUGUGUAACUUUAUAAGUAGAAAAACUAGAAUGUUUGCUGGGAUAAGUAGCUUUAGUUUGUACACGUGUAUAAUAUUGUUUUUCAACAAUUUUUCCUGUCAUCUAAGAAACAUUGAUAGGUCUCUAGCUUUGAGUAUAUAUAGGUAGAGCAACACAUGAGUAAAUUAUUUUUAAAGAUAAUUUAUGGUUGGAUUGUAACCAUAUACUAACAUUCAUGAAACAACUAAAACCCCCACCUUCUCAAAGUACAAAAUAGAGUGAUUUUGUAAGAGUUGGCUUGUGUUCUUAGUGACACCAGCAUCUCUGAUGUUACAACAUCAUGUGUGAGAUGGAGCUUGUCAUCUGCCCACCUUGCCCUCUGCCCCACAGUUACAGUGCCUGAGAAGACUCGGAACGCUGGCCUGGUGCUUGACCUGGUUAAAUACUGUCUUAAAGCUUCAUACAAAAUAGGCUUUUCCAUAAGUGGCCUUUAAGAAAACAUGGAAGAUAAUUCAUGUUUGAAAUAAUGCUGACAGGGUGAAGAAAGCCCGUUGUAAAAAUGAAUCGCGUUUUAAGUGAUUCAGUUAAAGGGUUUGUGCUCCCAUAGCAAACUAAUACUAGAUAAUAAGGAAAUGGGGUGAAUUAUUUUUUUAAUUGUUAAAUCAUUUUGUGAAUGUCCCCCACCCCCAGAAGAAGCUGAUGGGAUAUUUGGCAUAAAGGGCAUUUGGUGGUUUUGUUUUCGUUGGUAGGGAUUGUCUGAAAACACCUGACUCUGUGUUAUGUCUAACUAGGGAACAAUUGUUGGUGUGCAUGGCCUUGGGCACUCACUACCAUGUUCGACAAAGUACUCUAUUAGCAAGAAUGACCAAUAUUCUGAUUAAUUGGCACUGGUGACAAAAUUCUUUUACGAUUUGGCAAAAUAAGGUUUUACUUUUCCCAUUAAUUAUUUCUUUACUCUUUAGAGGCAUUAUACUUCUAAAUAUUGGUCAAUUCUUGACAUAACACCUGAGGGCCACAGUCAUGCUCUAGUAUUCAAGAUAGCUUCCUAAUUUUUCAUUUAGGAAAAGUCAAAUCCAAAAUGUUUGAGAAACAAAGUGCAAUAUUAAAUGUUUGCUUUAUAGAUUAUAUUCUAUGGCUGUUGUAAUCUUUUAUUUGGUGCUGAAUAUGUCCUUGUAGGCUCUGUUUUAAGAAAACCAUGUGGGAAAUGAUUUAACUUUUCCUAUUGCUCUUCCUUGUGGAAAAUAAAAGUGUUUUUUUUUUUCUGUUUUUGUAUAA